AUGCUGGCUGAGGAGGAAAUGUGGAUCAACAUCAACACCUUGAUUGCUUCAAGGAUCUGCGGGCUCAAAGGUAUCAAAUCGGUCUCCAGAGAGCCUCGGCUCAGGGUGUCGGCAGCGCUCACGGCCCUCACUACAGCCUGCUGUGACCGACAGCACCGGCCUAGCCUGCAGUGCGGCCCGGAGCCGCCAGGCCCCGGGGACCCCGUCAGGCCCUGGGGGGCUCCCAGGCAGGCAAAAGGGCGGGGCCGCAGGCGGAGCUCGGCGCGGAAAGAUGACGUCAUCACCGCCGCCAGAAGCCGGCGGAACGCCCGCAGCACACGUGUUCCCGAUCAGCAUUUUAGAAUGCCGAAAAUGAUUGUGGAAAAAAAAGAGAAGAAGGCAGAAAAAAGAAAAAAGCUGAAGCAACAUGUGGCCCAAAAGGACCAGCUGGAAUUGGAAACUAAACCAGCGAAGAAGAAGAAGCUGCAGGCUACAAAAGAAGAGGAAGAGCUUAUUGCAGAGGAAGAACUUACUCCAGAGGAAAAGAGAAAACUGGAAAGAAAAUUAAAAAAAGAACGCAAGAAGAAGGAGAAACAGCUGAUGAGGGAAGCUGGAAUCCCCAUUAAAAAGGUGCAGCCCAAAAAGCCAUCGGGAUCUGAGAGGGCUCUGGCCUAUUUAACCAGCUGGUCUAAAAACCCAGAAAAAUGGAAGUUUCAAAAGACAAGACAGACGUGGCUUCUCCUGCACAUGUAUGAUAAAGAGAAGGUUCCAGAUAAGUAUUUCCCCAUUUUACUGGAUUAUCUGCAAGGUCUUCAGGGUGGUGCACGAGACAAAACUGUGCAGAAAGCUGAAGCUUUUAUGAAGGAAUUUGACGGUUCUGAUGGAGAAGACCCAAACCUUCUGGAGAAGUGCGAGCGCAUCAGACAAGUUCUACAACUGCUGUCCUGAGUGUAUUUCUGUGUCAUAAUUGUCUGGUGGAGGGAAGGAGAGGAUGUCACAUACAGAGGCUGUAAAGGAUUUGUAAAGAUAAUACUAAAUUUUAUACUUACAAUUUUUUCCAACUGAAAAUAUUUAUCGUGUUCGGAGGUGAUGAAAUAAAAAUAACAUAUAUAGCCCAUAGUCUUGCUAUUAAUCUUACUGCACCUCUUUAGAAAAAUAAACCUCUCUCCCUCUCAUUAGUUUUUCUCCAUCUCCCCCUCUAAUUACUGUUACAUAUGAGGAACUUUGCAGCUCUUAAUAAGAAGAGCAAAGGAGCCAACAGAAAGCCUGGAGGGUCUUUUACAAUGGCAGCUUUUAAAAUGAGUGUACAGUACAGUGCAUGCUCAGCCAGCUGUAAUCUCUCACUUUCAGCUUCAGAAGGAUGUCACUUGGAUUUGGGAAGGAUCAUUUUCAGUCUGUUGAACAUGGGUUGUACAGCAUUUGCUUAUUAGUACUUCACAUGGUGAUCUGGAGAUACCAUCAGCUUUGUUGGUUUUCCUUUUAUAUUUUAAAGUUUUCAAAUGCAUUAGGGCAAUUGUUUAGAUACUCAGAUAAUGCACAGAUGGGAACAGAUCAAAUCCUUGACUAUAUGUGGUGAAAUCAUCAAAUUGUAGCAAAACUUAGCCUACAAUCAGAAGUGCUGUGCUGUAUCCAGCCUGCCAAUAUUGCAUUUUCCUCCUGCAACUGGCAUCCAAAGGAGUUAAUUCACGUUCAUUCCUUUUGGCAUGGGGCAUUUGUCUCUUAUGAACGUGCUGAAAAUGAGGCUUUCAAAUAAAAACCAAGGACAUUAAUUACUCAAAGUUGGAUGAUUGGCUUAUUUAAUAA